AUGGCAGAAGCUCGCAAAAUCAAAGAAGAAAAACGUGACCAAGAGCUUGAAGCAGAGAGACAGAAGGACUUGAAAGGUGGCAAGAAGGUUGUCGAUACAAAGUUCAAAGCCCUGGAAUAUUUGUUGAACCAGAGUAAGCUAUACUCGACCAUCAUGCUUGCUCAAAUGCAAAGACAGGAAGAGGAAGCCCAAGCUACUGACGAGAAGGGUAAGAAGCGCGCUUUGAAGCGAGAGGAAACAGCGGAGAAAGCAGCCGAAGUCAGUCAGAAACGAGCAACACGAUCAGCAAACACGGUGCAGGAAACAACAGCGCAAGCGACAGAGGAAUCUGCCACUGGAGGCAGGAGAAAAUCAGCCAGAGGAGCAGCGGCAGCAAAACCCAAGGCUGGCAGUGGAAAGAUCUCCGACUAUCUUAACAAAGACGACUUGAAAGCCAAGGCCGGCGAUAAAUCAGUAAAUGAAGCUCUUGCUGAAGAGGCCGACUCUGGUGUCAAAGCUGGCGACAUUGGAGUACAAAACCUGCGAUCUGCUAAGCAGCCUGCUCUUGUAACUGGUGGUCUGAUGCGUUCGUAUCAGCUGGAAGGUCUUGAAUGGCUCACAUCACUUUACGAGAACGGACUGAAUGGCAUCCUGGCUGAUGAGAUGGGACUGGGAAAGACUAUUCAGACAAUUUCAUUCCUCGCCUUCUUACGCGAGAAGGGCACUUAUGGACCAUUUUUGAUCGCAUCGCCUCUGAGUACAACAAGCAACUGGGUCAACGAGUUCCACAAAUGGACUCCUGAUAUUCCAGUUGUCCUCUACCAUGGGUCCAAACAAGAAAGAGAGGAGAUCCGUCGGAAAAGGUUCAAGAAUCCUGGCAGCAAAGACUUUCCAGUCAUCUGUACUUCUUACGAAAUCUGCAUGAAUGACCGCAAAUUCCUUGCCAACUAUGGUUGGAAGUUCAUCAUCAUUGAUGAGGGUCACCGCAUCAAGAACCUCAACUGCCGCUUGAUCAGGGAGCUGCAAUCCUAUCAAUCAGCCAAUCGACUGCUGAUUACUGGCACACCGUUACAGAACAACUUAACCGAGUUGUGGUCUUUGCUGCACUUCCUCAUGCCCACCAUCUUUGACAAGCUUGAAUCUUUCGAGUCGUGGUUCGAUUUCUCUGCUUUGAACCAGCGCAAUGGCUACGAAGACAUCUUGUCCGAGGAGCGCAAGACCAACCUGGUAACUUCGCUUCACGCCAUCUUGAAACCUUUCUUGCUACGCCGAGUCAAGACAGACGUCGAGACUUCUCUCCCAAAGAAGCGUGAGUAUGUGUUGUACGCACCUCUUACGGCUACCCAACGAGAGCUCUACCAAGAGAUCCUGGAGGGCAAUAGCCGUGCCUACCUCGAGAACAAAGCCGUUGAGAGCUUGAGCGGAACCACCACACCUCGCAGCACUCGCGGUUCCAGCCUCAAACGAAGCAGACCUGAGGAAGGAAGCGCGACCCCGAUCAAAAGCGUCAAGUCCAGUCGGGCGUCUACUCCAGCAACAACGACCAGCGCACGAGGCAGCAGACGAGCCAAGAAAGCUCAAAACUACGAGGAGUUAUCUGACACUGCUUACUUUAAGCAAAUGCAAAAUCAACAGUCAGAGGACGAAGAACAGCCACUCGACUCGAGCGAGGAGGAAGCCCAAGAACAAGCACAAACACUGGCUCUGGCUAAGAAACUGAUUGGAGCUAAGAAAUUGCAGAACCCCGUGCUGCAGUUGCGUCUUUGCUGCAAUUCACCUCAUAACUUUUUCUAUCCUUUCGUGGAGGAAGACAAUAGUGAUGUGGACGAGACACUGGUCACCGAGAGUGGCAAAAUGCUCUUGCUGGACUCUCUGAUGCCAACACUGCUAAAACGUGGUCACAAGGUGCUCAUUUUCAGUCAAUUCAAGACUCAGCUCGACCUAAUCGAGACUUAUUGCGAAGUCCUACGUGGAUGGAAAUGCAGCCGCAUCGACGGCGGUGUUUCGCAGCCAGACCGACAAGAGCAAAUCGCUCAAUUCAACUCGACAGAAUCCAAGACCAACAUCUUUCUCUUGAGCACCCGUGCAGGUGGCCAAGGAAUCAACCUUACAGCUGCAGAUACAGUCCUCCUCUUCGACAGCGAUUGGAACCCCCAACAGGAUCUGCAGGCACAAGACCGUGCCCAUCGUAUUGGCCAAACAAGACCAGUCAUCGUGUAUAGAUUCGCAACCAAAGGUACGGUCGAAACACUGUUACUGGAAAAGGCAGAGUCAAAGCGAAGACUGGAAAAAUUGGUCAUUCAAAAAGGCAAAUUCAGAUCGAUGCGUGCAGGUGAAGUGUCGGGUGCCGAGUUUGCAGAACUGCAGCAGUUGUUGGCACAGCAAGAUGGCGAAAGAGUGGAGCUCGAAGAGGGAACCAAGGGCUUGCUGUCAGAAGAGGAAUUGAACACCUUGACGGACAGAAGCGAAGAAGCUUAUGAGCGGGCAGAGAAGGGCCUGGACGGUGGUGACAAGUUCAAGGCUGUUGAAACAAAAGCAGGUGGUGAGGGCUUUCUGGAGGCUAUGAGUAAAUGA